AUGGCUUAUUCUCCGACAUGCAAUGUCCUUGCUAUCGGCCUUGGCAGCCUUUUGUAUGGAUGGUCGGAGACGACUGGCGUGUCGCUGCUAAAUGCUGGACCUAAGGACGGGUCAUGGCUUACAUCGGUUGCCUUCUCAUCUGAGGAGGGCGGCAAAUCCAUACUGGUUUUCGGCCGCUCGAAUGGUCACAUUGGAUUACUCUCCUUAUUCGAUAGUAUGCUCCCUCGCUUUGAGGCUCAACAUCAAGAACCGAUUGCGUGUCUCAGUUGGCGACCGGUCACCAAAACCCGACCUUCCAUGAACCCCUUCAACCCAGGCGUCCCUGUCCCAACCGAGGAUCUUCUGGUUGGAGAAGAAGCCGGCGAUGUCUACUAUUACUCUGUCGAGUGGCCCGGUGGCUAG